AGCGAUCGUGUCUCCUCUGCUAACCGUGUUUCGCUACUACCGUCUCCUCUCAGAUCCCUGCCGAAAGUACAGGAAGAAAGUAAGCAGCUUUGAACCUACCUGUUUUCAAGCUGGUCUUCAUGAUGAAACUUAGACACAAAAAUAAAAAGGCAGGUAAAGGCUCGAAAGGCUGCAAGAAGACUGCAAAGCAGAGUGGGAAGAAAGCAGCCUCCAAAUUGCCCUCCGUUCCUCAGCUUUUUCACAUCAAUGAUCAUGUCAAAUGGGAGGCUGAAUUAAAGCAGAAGAGGGUAGAGGAGAUGAGGGAGAAGCAGCAGACUGCCCGGGAGCAAGAGAGACACAGACGCAGGACCAUCGAGUGCUACUGUCAAGAUGUCUUGAGACGCCAGAAGGAGUUUGAGGAAAAGGAAGAAGUUUUGCAGGAAUUAAAUAUGUUUCCUCAGCUGGAUGAUGAGGCCACGAGGAAGGCUUAUUACAAGGAGUUUCGUAAGGUUGUAGAAUAUUCUGAUGUGAUUCUGGAAGUCCUGGAUGCUAGAGACCCAUUGGGCUGCCGCUGCUUCCAAAUGGAAGAGGCUGUUCUGCGGGCAGAAGGCAGUAAGAAACUGGUCCUGGUCUUGAACAAGAUUGACCUAGUCCCUAAGGACAUUGUGGAAAAGUGGCUGGAUUACCUUCGGAAUGAACUGCCAACUGUAGCUUUCAAAGCCAGCACCCAGCAUCAGGUCAAAAACCUGGUGAGCCUGUGUAUAGGGGUGUCUAACCUCAUUCAGGGUAGCCUAGGGUCAGGGUUGGGAGAUAGUGAUUUAAGUGAGGACUUACAGCUCUUUGGUAAUUGAACUGUAUCUUCAACUUUGAGUUUUUGCUCUUCUGGGUGACUUCUUAAUAUUAAUUUCAGUUUUUCCCUUCCUAUAGAUCCCUUUUUAGGAAGCAUUUUUUUUUUUCAGUUGUAAGAGUAGUGCAUGCUGUAUAAAAAAUUUGGAAAAUACAGAGGAGUAAAAGGAAAUAUCACUCUUGACUUAAACUCUCAGCAGUAACUACUUUUUUUUCAGUUUUCCUCUUUGGGAUCCAAGUACAUUAGCAAUAGACACACAUAAAAACUUAGUUACUCGGUGGUCAUAAAAGAGACCAAGUAAAUGCUGCCAUUUUAAGGAAACAUUUCAAAAUGAGAGAAAAAAGACAUUUACUUUAUAGUUGCAAUUGGGAGAAUGACAGUGAUGUAAGUUGGCAGCCACAAGUCACCUCUGGGAAGCUCCAGAUUUAGGGGAGGCAGUGGGAUGCUGUGUUGUAGGGGUCUCAGCAGAGGAAGGACCACCACUUGACUUUACAGGGGUGAGCAUAUGGUAUCUAGAGAUACCACAACAUUCAAAAAUUAGAGUAACAGCUCUUGGUGCUGAACAUGAUGUAUGCAAUGGAAGUGUCAUUCUUGGCUUGGCUUCUCAGUGUGCAUUUUUCUUUUC